AUGGAAAAGACUCGUGUGGUGGCAGCAGCAGCUAAUGAGGUACCCGCGCCGGCCACUGGGGUUGCAGCAUAUGGUAAAGGACAGGCCGCUAGGGCCACAGUUCGUGGAGGAGGCCAGGCCAGGGUACCAGAACCAGCAGGAUUACCUCCACUGACUUGGACAGAGUUUUAUCAGGUGUUUCUAGAUAAAUAUGUUCCUCGUACCUUAAGGGAUCGCAGGCGUGAUGAGUUCAACAACAUUGAGCAGGGUAAUUUAUCUGUGGCUGCUUAUGAGGCUCAGUUUCAUUUGUUGUCUCGCUAUGCCCUCCAGCUUGUUCCUACUGAGGAGGAGAGGGUUAGGAUAUUUGUGAAGGGGUUCAGCACUGCCCUUCAAUUGUCAGCUCUUCAGCUUGCAGCCAUAGGUGAUCUUUUUCAGGAAGUGGUGCAUCAUCUUAGGACUGUCGAGGGAGUUCGGCAAGAGGUUUUGAUGCAGGAAAAUAAGGUGAUUUCUUAUGUAUCCAGACAGCUGAAGAAUCAUGAGAAGAACUAUCCUACUCAUGAUUUGGAGUUGGCAGUGGUGGUGUUCACAUUGAAGAUUUGGAGGCACUACCUCUAUGGUUCCCAUUGCGGGAGGGAUCUAAAUUCUAGGCAACGGAGAUGGAUGAAGUUGCUUAAGGAUUAUGACAUUAUUAUCUUAUACCAUCCUGGCAAGGCAAACGUGGUGGCAGAUGCCUUGUGCAGGAAAUCAACUAGUAUAGGGAGUUUGGUUCGUUUGAUUGCGUCAGAGCGUCCAUUGGCCAGGGAGGUUCAGACUCUAGCUAAUAGUUUCAUGAGGCUUGAGGUGUCUAAUUCAGGCAGGGUAUUGGCUUGUGCUGAGGCGAGAUCCUUGUUUCUGGAGCAUAUUAAGGCCAGACAAUUCGAGAAUGCGAGUUUGAGUAAGAUUCGCGAUAAAGUCUUACAUGGUGAGGACAAGGAAUCCGUUAUUAAUGAUGAGGGUGCCUUGAGAGUUAAGAGGCGUAUUUGUGUUUCAUGUGUUGAUUUGAUUAAGACAAUUUUAGCGGAGGCUCAUAAUUCUAGAUAUUCCAUUCAUCCUGACACCCAUGGAGAUGUUAAAAAUGGCCCAAAAAAGGAAAGCUUUUGCAUUCUCGUUCUUGAUGUUGCACAAGAUCCAAGGGGUUUCCAGGAACCCCAGGCAUGGCAAACACCAGAGAAGGCUCAAGAUUAUCCUUGA